AUGAGGGUGACCGUCCCCAGGAACCCCGGGACUGUGGCUGGAGUGGUGAUGGCUGUGUUCCUGGUGCUGAGGAUCCCUGGGGCUCACUGCAGAGAUGCUCCGAAGAAUUUCGUGUACCAGUUUAAAGGCAUGUGCUACUUCACCAAUGGGACGGAGCGUGUGAGGCUUGUGGCCAGACAGAUCUAUAACAAGGAAGAAAUCCUGCACUUUGACAGCGAUCUGGGCAAGUUUGUGGCUGUUACAGAGCUGGGCCAGGUGUGUGCUGAGAACUGGAACACCCAAAAGGACCCCCUGGAGGAGUUUCGGGCCUAUGUGGAGACGCUGUGUAGACACAACUACAAGGAGACAGCCAGCUUCACUGUCCAGCGGAGAGUGGAGCCUACAGUGACUGUCUCUCCAGCCAGUACAGAAGACCCGAACCACCAUAAUCUGCUGGUCUGUUCAGUGACAAAUUUCUAUCCUCGCCAAGUUAAAGUCAAAUGGUUCCGGAAUCAACAGGAGGAGACGGCGGGAGUUGGGUUCACACCUCUUACUCAGAAUGGGGACUGGACCUACCAGAUUCACGUGAUGCUAGAGACAAAACCGCAGCUUGGAGACGUCUACGUGUGCCGUGUGGACCACCCCAGCCUCCAGAGCCCCAUCACAGUAGAAUUGACCCUGUGGACUCGACAGGAAAGAAAAAGUUCAGGGAGGGCACAGUCUGAAUCUGCCCAGAGCAAGACGCGGAGCGGAAUUGGAGGUUUUGUGCUGGGGCUGAUCUUCCUUGGUGUAUCCCAAAAGUGGGAUAAGAGAGGUAAGGCACCUUGGGAGAAAAAGGGGAAGGCAGGUGCUGGGCUGAAAAGCUUCUGUUGA